AUGAAUGUAGCUGGUGAUAAUCAAUGGUAUUCAUGGUUAUGUUUCUCCUCUACAAGCAAAAAUCGAUCGAAAGCUGAACAAUUCGGGAAUACUUUAUUUAUUAUUGACAAUGAAACAGCCCGCGAAGGCGUCGAUAUAUCAUCAAUUUCAGCUUUUCCCGACGAAGAAGAAGUCCUUUUACAAGCAACAAUAACAUUUCAAGUGAUAAUGAGUGCUGAUAAUUAUAAUAACUUCGAAUGUUCUGCUGUCUUUUUGGAAGGUUAUGGUCGUGGUUAUGAUACUAUAUCAUCAAGACAUCGUCAAUGUUCAUCAACAUCAUCAGGUUCAAUAUUUUAUUCGUCAUGGUUAGCAAGAAAAUGCUUGGUAAUAUCAGCUGGUAAUAAGCGAUCCAAGACAUAUCAUCAACAAAAUGUUGAGUACGAUGGUAAUGAUAUUGAUCCAAAAUCUGAUGAACAAGGUUCACAAGGUAUUGAUAUAAUAUCUGCAAUGGAAAUUGAUACUGAUAAACAACAUGAUGACCAAACUGUUCUUGAACCUGUAAAGAGAAUUAAUGAAAAAUUAAAAGAGAAGACAGAUGAUAAAAUUUAUCAUCUGUAUAUGGGGAUAAGUGAUAUUAAUAAUUAUCAAGAAUUUUAUGAACAAACAAAUAUUGUACAAGGAAACACAAAUAGUAAUCUUGUACGAAAUAAAGGUAAUUCGAAGAGACUUGGAUGUGAAAAUAAACAAACCAAUCUUUGGAGAAUAUGUCUUAUCGAUUUGAGCUAUCAUUGA